UGCAUUGUUAAUUCCUGCAGUGUUGUGAUGAUGUGCAGUGGUGUCUCUGCGAUGAAGUCUCUGGCAUCCAAUCUUAACGGCCUCUUUGCAGUCGUCAAACCGACUGGAAUCACAUCUGCUGGCGUAGUCAAUCAACUCAAGCGAAUCCUAACCAAAGAGCACAAGAAACAGCUACAGGAGUACAGCAAUCACCACACCAGGUCUGGAAAGGUGGGGGCACCUUACAAGAAGCUCCGUAUCGGCCACGGUGGCACCCUGGACUCAAAUGCCUCAGGGGUUCUGGUUAUAGGGGUAGGCUUGGGGACAAAACUCUUGGCAUCACAACUGAAGGGAAACAAGCGAUACCGAGCAGUCGGUUGUCUGGGCACAUCCACAGACACGCAGGACGUCUUGGGGAAAAUCACACAGCGAUCACCGGCAGAUCACGUUACACUGAACCUGAUUACAUCAUCUCUCCAGCGCUAUGUGGGCAAUAUCAUGCAGAUCCCUCCUUUGUACUCAGCUCUGAAGGUGGGAGGUGUCCGAAUGUCAGACUUGGCUGUACGCGGUGAGCCCAUCGCACCCAAACCAGCCAGGCCUGUCACCGUACACAGUCUGGAAUGUGUCCAGUUUUCCCCACCUUAUUUUACUCUAGAUAUCCACUGUGGAGGAGGGUUCUAUGUCAGACAGCUGAUACAAGACCUUGGUCAAGAUAUGGGGACCAACGCUCACCUUGCAGAGUUAACACGCACCCAGCAGGGACCCUUCACACUAGCCAAGCACGCACUGGCAGAGGACAAAUGGACAUUAGAGCAUAUUUGCGAAGCGGUUCAAGAAUUCACUGAAAUUGCAGAACUGGAGAAUUUAAUAAAGCCUCCUUGAACACUGACAGAAUGAGAUGACUAAAAUCCUUCAUCCCAUCUGUGAAACCCACAAAACGAGGAGUGUUCAAAUCUGGUAUCAGUGUCGGACACCUGAAAGGUUAAACACUGAAGCUACGAAAGGGGGGACGAACCUGUGUUUACAGGA